AUGGCGUCCAAAAUUACAAUCUUAGGAGCCGGUAUAACCGGCCUGGCUAUUGCUAGUCAACUUCCAAAAGAAGCUGACAUAACGAUAUACGGGAAAUUUCUCCCGGGAGAUGAGAUGGACAAAGAAUAUGUCAGUCAAUGGGCGGGUGCUAUUUGGCUCGGGGUCCAUGCGACGUCGGCUCGCGAGCAGAAGUAUCAGAUGGACAGUUACUCAACUUUAUGGCAGAUUGCAGGAUUACAUCCUGAAUCGAGUGCUCGAAGAAUCGAGAUAACGGAAAUCCAGGACAUUGGUGUGCCUGAGCAGGUUUGGUACCGUGAUCAUGUGGUCGGCUUUCGAUAUCUUUCAAAGAGUGAACUUCCGAAGGGAGCUAAAUUCGGUAUGAAGUGGCAGACCGUGGUUAUCUCACCGCCUACAUUUAUCAACUGGUUCCGAGGUCAUUUGGAAAAUCAGGGAGUCAAGUUUAAGAGACUCCACGUGAAGGCAUUACGAGAUCUGGAAGGUCUCGGUCAUGAUGUCCUCAUCAACGCCAGUGGUUUCGGGUCGACUCUCCUCGAAGAUGUUCGGGAAAGUGCUAUCAUUCCUGUUCGCCAACAGAAUAUCCGCCUAAGAAAAGAAGGCUAUAACAAACUGUUCAUACGACGAGGUGAGAAUAAUUACUAUUCGACAGCUUUUGGCCGUGAUGAUGGCUCCAUAUACAUUGGUGGCGUCAAGAAAGAAAAUGUCAGAGAGUGGACUGCUUCGGCGGAGGACCGCAAGCUUAUCAUGAAACAGGCUCACGACAACCAACCCGAUGUCUUUCCCAGUGCCGAUCCCAACGACUACGACCUCAUCGGUGAUCAUGUUGGUGUCUGGCCCAUUAUCAAGCAGGAUAAGGGUGGCAUCCGUUUGGAGAAAGAAGUGAUUGGGGGCCAGAAAGUGGUUCACGCUUAUGGUCAAGAGGCUGGUGGUUAUGUCUGCAGUUUUGGCAUCGCACGCGAAGCCGCUCGACUUGUCUUCGAAUACUUGUCCGACCCCGCACGAGCGAAGCUAUAG